AUGGUGACAACAGAAACCAUUGUGCCGUGUCUCGAGAAUGAUGCCCACAAAGUGGGAGCUAUAGUUGCAACGGCAACCGCCUUUGUCAGCAGCAGCACCGCCAUGUGGCUCCACCACAUCGGCAAGAGUGUCACGCCGGAAUUUGAGGUUUCGGGCUGUCGGCACAAGUUGAUCCAGGAUAUUUCCUGCGGGGGCAUCUACAUGCCCGAGUAUGCGAUCUUUGGGCUGGGCUUCACCUUCACCAGCCUCUGUAUGGCACAUGCAUUCCAGAAGGCUGGAUACGUCCUGGAGAAGUACAGCACGCUCUCCAGCAGGGAAGUGCGAGCAUUCCGCAUUUCUGGCCUGGUGGGAUGCUUGGCGAUGAUUCCCAUGGCCUGGAUCUCCAUGCACAUGAACCGAGCGGUCCACCUCCUCUUUGCGGGGAUCAUGAUGGGCUCCUGGCUGCUGGCCUUUGCACUGAGAUGUAAGUCCGGCUCCGCGCCCUACCAGCGCCUGGCCAUGGUCACCAGCGUCUCCGCACUGGUCCUUCUGUUGAUCUGGUUCGCUGCCAUGGCGCUUCAUAAGUCUGGUUUCGCCUGGGCAGAGUGGCUCGCCUUCCUCUGCUUUUUGCUGCACACCUUCAGCUUCCCUGCCAUGGGCUGUGGGCAGCCCUCUGGUGUCCCAGGAAUGCUUCAGAAGGAUUCCCGGCGCCAGGCCUCGAAGGGGCCCUCCUUCGAGGGGAUGGGCGUGCUUGCCUUGCAUUGCGGGGCGACCGCGACCGUGGGCAGGCAUGCCGACAUCUGCGCCGGCAGUGCGAACGCUCAGCUGAGAGAGAUGCGCUUGGCAAAAAGCUCGCAAGACAGCCGCGUUGGAGUGGACGAGAUGCUUUGGGAUGACAUGCACAAAAAUGAUAUGGUCUGGCCCACAGUGAAGGAGGUCCAGGAAUACCGGAAGAAAGUGUACAAGGUUGUCAGCGAUGUCAUCGCCACUCACCCGGACCUUGAGGACAAUAAUGGCACUUCGCCGGUGAAGAUUACCUGGGAUCACCCCUUGUGGGCUAUCUUCAUGGGAGUGGAGCAUGAAGCGAUCCACCUUGAGACCUCUUCGGUGCUCUUCCGGGAGACGCCCAGCCACUUGAUGCAGGCCGCUUCCUCGCCAGGGAUGUACUUUGCUCACGAACGCUUCGUGUGGUUGCUGCAGCUGUUUUACGGCUACGCGGCUAAGCAUUUUGCGAACCCCUCCUCCAAAGCCCCAAUUUUGUUACGGAGGGGAGGUCUAUUUCCGGAUGUUAAAAAUGCCGGGCGGACUCACGCCGUGCUCUACGGAGGCUGCACCCUUCAAGCAUGCAAUCUGUUCGUGCUGCUGGCACAGUUGUGUCCUGGCAUCUUGGUCGAGCAACGUGGAGACACAGCACACGGCAAGCAUGACAUGUGGAUCAUGUUUUCCGUUGACGAUGCGCAGCGUGGACAGCCACUAGCGCUGGGGAUCUCGCUGCCUGAAGAAGUGAUGGAUGUGGGAAAUCACCUUCCACGUGUCCACACCCUUCAGCCCGACCUUCCAGGCCCCGAGAGCGAAGAUGCACCCAGAAUUGCGGCUCUUGAUCGUGGCGUGGCCAAGGGCGAUCUGUCCAAGGACUUUCAGGCGCUGGUCAACCAGCUCGUGCAGCAGCAUCUUCGUGAGAUGGCAGCCGCGAAGCAUCAUCGCAGUCCACAACUCGCUCCCCGUAGCCCUCUCUCACGGCCCAAAGACGAGGAUCUCUGGAUGCCGCCCACUCUUCAUACCAAGCGGCAGCCCAGUAGUGAGUCUUUCAACAAGAGUGCCCAGAGUGCCAGCUCGGACUGCUCCUCUGUGGCAGCAUCGAGGAAAGCAGCCCAAGUGCAGGCCAGAGACAUCCUGCAGAAGCUUGAGUCCCAGGCCACCCAGCAGGAGGAGGACUCCGACUCACCGCCGCACUUCGUCAACUCCUUGUACGCCGAAGCCAACAUGGAGUAUAUCAAGACCGGCAAGUCGGAGUACUUCGCCACUGAGACCCCUUCUGAGUUUCUGGCCCGCUACAAGAAGAUGUCGCAGCUCGAGAAAUGGCAGCUCAUCCUACAGUCCAACCGCUACGAGUCCAUUAUGGCCAUCAUCCUGUGCUUUAACGUGCUCUGGAUGGCUAUGGACCUGCAAUUCUUUGGUUCCAUCUCUGGCUACAACCUCAACGUCUUUCCAGAGUCGCCCUCGCCCGAGGAGAUACCCACAUGGGAGAGCGUGCUGACGAUCGGCGAUCUUUUGUUUACGGGCGUCUUCGUGCUCGACGUCAUCGUGCGCAUCUGCGUCUUGAGAUCAAAGUUUUGGGGCCAGUUCAUGAACUAUGUGGAUGUCGGAGUGAGCGUAACAAAUGUGGCGGAAGUGGCAGUUCUCUACACGAUGAAGCUGCCCGUGAACCCCAUCCUGUUUCGCCUGCUCCGGUUGGGCAAGCUAGCGCGCGCCAUCCGCAUGAUCAACAUGACGAGCGUGCUGGGAUCCCUUCAGCUCUUGGUGAAGUGCUUGGCCUCCAGCAGCAACAUGCUAUUCUGGAGCUUCUGCCUGUUAACGUUCGUCCAAUGCGUUGCGGGUCUCAUUGUCAGCACACUUUGCCGGGACUUCUUCGAGGACGAGGCUUAUGACGUGGCAUUGAGAGAAGCCGUUUUCCGAUACUACGGCACAUUCACUCGAACCUUCCUGACGAUGUUUGAAAUUUUGUUUGCCAACUGGGGACCUGCUUGCAGAGUGCUUGUGGAGAACUUCAGCGAAUGGUUUUCUAUCUUCUUUCUCCUAUACAGGUGCGUUUUGGGCUUCGCGGUCUUGAAUGUUGUGAAUGCGGUUUUCGUGCAGCAGACCAUGAAGACGGCGGGAUCUGACGAAGAGCUUGCCUUCAAACAGAAAGAGAAAGAUGCACAGAUGUACACGAGGAAAGUGAAGCGUCUGUUCCAGACCAUUGACGACUCUGGAGAUGGCACGCUUAACUUGGAGGAAUUCUCCAAGCUCGUCCAAUCUCCGAAGUUGAAGUUUUGGAUGAGCCAGCUUGAGCUGGAAUAUCACGACUUGCUGAGCCUGUUUGAGUUUUUGGACAAUGGCGACGGCGAAAUUACCUUGAUGGAGUUCAUAGAAGGCGCAGCACGCCUGCGGGGAGGAGCCAAGGCGCUAGACAUCUGGCGCAUCGAGACGAAACUGGAGGUGCUUUUCGAGGAAGUGUUAAAGGCGCUACAUGCAACCUCCGGCAAAGUCAUGUGCAAGCAGCAAGGAGAUUUCUUGCUGCUGAUCGGGUAUAGCGACGUCGUUGCAUAUCAGACGUGGGGAAUACUUUGUCAGGUUUCCCCACCCUGGGAUGAUGUGCGACUGGAGACAGACCCCAGUGGAAGACUCAAUGGCGCUUCGCAGGAAGCGGGAGAGGCGUCUCACGCUUUCCUGAUGCUGGUUGACAAGCUUGUGCAGCAGCACUGCCAAGAGGUCGAACAAGCGCGCGGGGCGAAGCCUCAUCAGGUGACGUUGAGGAUUCCCGAGGGACUCCCGGAACGAGCCAACAGCAGGAUGCGCGUUAGGAAUGAGUUCAGCAGUUCCGAGACAGAUUCUGGGAAGCCUCACCGCGAGCACCCGCACCUCGAUGCCAAUAAGCUUCUGCAUGCCUUGAGCUCAGACGACGGCGACCGUCGGCUGAAUGCAUACAUGGCGCAGUACACUACCAUGCUGGGUGACGAUGACGAUCUUGACCUUCUCAUGAAGCCCAUUGAGACGGCAUCGGAGCUCCAAGCACGCAUCGCCCGGAUGUCGCGGCUGGAAAGGCUCGGAGAAUGGUUUGAGUCAGCUCAGUACGAGAUGGUAAUCGCCGCCGUGCUGUGCUUGAACGUCCUGUGGAUGGCCCUGGAAGCCCAGGUGGAUGGCUACCGUUCCGGUCAUACCAUCGGCGUCUUUCCGACGGUGGUUGUCUCUGAUGAUGCCUGGAACACUUGGGAACUGGUGUUUGCGAUUGGUGACUUCGUCUUCACUGCCUUUUUUGUGCUGGAUGUUCUUGUCCGCAUUUCCAUUCUGCGAUGUAAAUUCUGGGUGGUGCCCAUGAACUACAUUGACAUUGCGGUUUCCGGAACAUCACUCUUAGAAAUCGUGCUCUUCUAUGUCGCAAGUGCCAACUUGGCGGUGAAUCCUAUCCUAUUCCGUUUAUUGCGGAUUGGGAAGUUGGCCAGAGCAAUCCGCAUGAUCACCAUGAACAGCGUGCUGGCUUCGCUGCACUUGCUCAUUCGAUGCCUUGCAGCCAGCACGAACAUCUUGUUCUGGACAUUUUGCCUGAUUGCAUUCUUCCAGUGCGUUUCGGGAAUGGUGGCCAAUACACUGUGUCGCGACUUCAUCAACGACGAAAACCAGCCUUUGCAAGUGCGCGAGGAUGUCUUCCGGUACUACGGCACAUUCAGCCGGACCUUUCUGUCUAUGUUUGAGCUGUUGUUUGCAAAUUGGAGCCCACCGUGCAGAGUGCUGGUUGAGAACAUCAGCGAAUGGUUUUCCAUCUAUUUCCUCCUGUACAGGUGUGUUCUUGGAUAUGCCGUGCUAAAUGUGGUUUCGGCUGUCUUCGUGCAACAGACGAUGAAGACGGCCAGCUCCGAUGAAGAGCUUGCAUUCAAGCAGAAGGAAAGGGACAUCGCCUUGUAUACGAGGAAAGUCAGAAGGCUGUUCCAGACGAUGGACGUAUCAGGGGAUGGAGUCAUCAACUACGAAGAGUUCUCCAAGCUGGUCAAGUCCCCGAUGUUGAAGUUUUGGAUGAGCCAGCUAGAGCUGGAAUACCACGACCUCAUGUCGCUCUUUGAGUUUCUGGAUAAUGGCGAUGGAGAGAUUACGCUGAUGGAAUUCAUAGAAGGUGCAGCGAGACUUCGAGGAGGCGCCAAGGCGCUGGACAUCUGGCGCAUCGAGACCAAGGUCGAGCUGCUUUUCCAAGAGGUCCUCAGCGCCAUCCAGAGUCUGACUCCCCAGGAGGGUACUUCCAACACCGUCGGAGAAGUCUUCAGCAAAGCCAGGUACCGGCACAUGAAUGCAGCCGCGCGGGUCAGCGGAUCCACGGAAAGCCUCAGGGUGGAUGGAGCCUCGGCUCACUGGAUCCAAUUACACGUCCGAGGCCCGCUCAAUGAGAUGCUCGCACACUAUCAUCACAGAAGGCCGCUCAGAGCGGCGAUCAUCCGUGAGAGGACAUUCCCUUCAUCGCAGAUGCUUGCUACACGUGCUGUGAUACGGCAGGCUGAGAAGGACUUCCCAAAGAACGAGAUGCUGACUGUCAAGGGCGAGGCCGUGAAUCUUGGCAAGCUGCAGCCGCGUGACUUCCCUAGCUAUGGAUGGGACAAUGAGUACGGCCAUCGCAGGGUGCAGGUCGGGGACUUCGCUGCAAGCAAGUACUUGAUCACAAACGGUGAAUUUUGGCACUUUGUGGCGGGCGGCGGGUACCGAACUGAGAAGUAUUGGUCGGAGGAAGGAUGGAACUGGCGGAAGUACCGGAACAUGAAGUGGCCCUUCUUCUGGGUGCAGGAUGGGCCGCAGGGAUCUAUGCAGUUCAAGCUCCGGACCAUCUUCGAGGAGAUCGAAAUGGCCUGGAGCUGGCCGGUCGACGUCAACUACCAUGAGGCGCGCGCCUACUGCGCCUGGAAAUCAGAGCAGGAUGGUUUGGCUGGCAGCCCUGAGGCGUACCGGGUCAUCACGGAGGCCGAGCAUCAGUUGAUUCGGCAUCCGGAGGCGCGCUCUGAGAACAUGGCCUCCCGGGCCUACGACCGGGCCAUGCAUGCAGGCGAUCCUUUGAGGUUUAGGGUUUAG